CGACUGUUUAUUUUUCUAAAAAAAGUUGCCGACACCGUCCAUGUGACGCUCGUCCAAUCGGGGACAGUUCCACACCAGUGAUUUUAUCAAUUCGUUCCUCUGCAGUACCUGAUCUGCCUUAUCACAUCCCGAACAAUACCAUCAUAUGAUCAGUGAUUUCUAUCAGUUCGUUCUGCUGGAGCCCCCGAUCGGCCCUAUCUUAUCCUGGAGGCAGAAACAUAUAAAACCGAUCUUUUCCAACAUGGUCUAUGGUCUAUCAAAGUCCUUAUUUUCUUCAUGUUGUCACACAGCGACAAGACAACCCGUAUUGCCGGCAAACAUGCCGAGCAGCUUUUCUAUGCUGAUCCAACGCUCGUGCAGAGUGCACUCUCGGCGGCAGCUGCAGAGAAAGAACUGGGCUUCAAAAAGACCUUCCGACUUUACUACAAAGCUGCUUUGUGGUCCAUGGCUCUUUCCCUUGCUCUUGUAAUGGAGGGCUAUGAUGUCGGCAUCAUCAACUCGUUCUGGGGUCAGGCUUCCUUCUUGAACAAGUUCGGCAGUACCGCUGCGGAUGGAACGAAGUAUAUCCCUGCCAAUUGGCAAGCUGCGUUGAACAACGCGACCUCGAUCGGACAAAUGAUCGGUCUAGCUAUCAACGGAUGGGCACAACCCAAGUUUGGUUCCAAAAAAGUUUACUUGACUGCCAUGGCCGUGAUGGUAGGGACUAUCUUCCUUCCAGUGUUUUCGACUUCGUUGCCCAUGCUUUUUGGAGGUGAAAUCCUGUGUGGUAUCCCAUGGGGUAUCUUCCAAACCCUCUCCACCGCUUACGCUGCCGAAAUCUGUCCUCUUGCCAUGCGAGGUUACCUCACCGCAUUUGUCAACAUGUGCUGGGGCUUUGGACUCUUGCUCUCUGCUGGGGUGGUUCGGGCCUCUCUCGAGCUAGACAGUCAAUGGGGCUGGAGAAUCCCUUUCAUGAUUCAAUGGGUGUGGCCAGUACCAUUGUUCGUCAUUGCGUGUUUCGCUCCUGAAAGUCCUUGGUACCUUGUCAAAGUCGGCCGCGAAGACGACGCCCGAGCGACUACUAAGCGACUUGCACCAUCUGAAUACCUCACCGAUCAGCUCGUUGAUCAACAAAUCGCCCUCAUGAAACAUACCAUCGAAAUGGAGAAAGCAGAAACUCAAGGCGCUUCUUUCUUAGACUGUUUCAAAGGUUCCAAUCUGCGUCGAACUGAAAUUGUCAUGCUGGUAUGGAUUAUCCAGUACUGGUCCGGCCAAAACAUCAUCAACUACGCCACCCAGUACCUGCAGACCGGCGGAAUGACUGAAGAUGGCGCUUUCAACAUGUUCCUCGGCAUCACAUGCUGCUACAUCGUGGGCACUGCUGCGUGCUGGUACACUAUGCAUCACUUCGGUCGAAGAUCCAUUUACAUCGCAGGAGUCGCCCUGAUGGUAGUCUGGCACGUCAUCAUUGGAAGUCUUGGAACUGUCAACUCGACCAAAGCCACCCUUGCAAUUGGCAUUGUAAUGGUCAUCAUCAACUUUUCCACCAAUGCAACUUUCUUCCCCGUGACCUACACGAUUGCGGCAGAGGUUCCCGCUACUCGUGUCAGAGCAAAGACCAUGGUCCUCGGCAGAGGAGUCUACCUCAUCUCAUCAAUCAUUUGUAAUCAGAUCACCCCUCGAAUGUUCUCCGUCUCAGAGUGGAACUGGGGUGCCAAGUCCAGCUUCUUCUGGAUGGGGUGUUGUCUCAUAUCCUUGGUGUACCUAUGGUUCCGACUUCCCGAGACCAAAGGUAGAAUGUUCAGCGAGUUGGAUGUGCUGUUUGCAAAUGAAGUACCGGCUCGGCAAUUCAAGCACACUAUCGUUGAUGAGCUUUCCGCAGUGACUGAAGAGAAAUACACUGAGAAGGGAGAGAUAGAAUAUCAGGAGAAUGCGUAGUAUGAUCACAUGUGUGCAAACAAGGUAGGAAGGAACGCAAUAAAAGCAGAAACGGAGUGCGGACGAUCGGAAUUGUUCGGUCCGGUAGUACGAGUAUUGUAU